CCGCAGAGAGAGAGAGAGAGCCCAGAAACUUCUCUAACAUAUCCACUUGGUCUUGGUCCACUGCUUCCACAACGACGAAAUUGCGCGUCACCAAUCCCGACCGUCCACGUACGCACUGCCGCGAAAUAAAGAUCUGGACGGUCCAUUUCGCCUUACGCAGAGUCAGACGUGGUGGCGGCCGCGUUUUUUCCAAGUCCGACGAGGUCUCCAGGUGCUUCCAGGAAAUCCUCAACCAAUUCGGCUUUUUCCUUUCCCCCUCUUUGAUCACCAGUUUGUAUAAAUACAUACCCUUUUGCCUCAAUCUUCAAACACAAGAAGAAACAGCCAGUUCGAUCUUACUAAUCCGAUCAAGUUAAUCUCAUCGAGCAAUCAAACAAAUCAAGAGAGGUUUUUCACAUUCAGUUGGGGGAGAAAAUGAUGAUGUCGAUCUUCAGCUCGUUCGACGCUCUGUCCGGGGAAUUCUUCGGGCAGAAGGUCAACAAGCUGCCGUCGGGUCUGUCCAGGCAAGCCAACGGCGCCGAUUCGACGAAAGUAGACGGCGGGAAGUCGUCAUCGCCGGCGGUGGAGAAGAAGAGGCAGGAAAGCGAGGGUUCUCAUCAGGAGGGUGGGAAACGGCGUGCGGCGGGCGGUCCGAGGUUCGCCGUGGAGUUGGAUGGGGUUCACUGCUUCGAGACCCUUGUUCGUUACUGAUGAAUUGAUCCGUGUCCAAUCAGGAUGGAUUUUGGCGCCGUUUGUUGUUCUGUUUUUUGGUCAUUGAUUCAUUCUUGUUUCCUUCGUGUUAUUAAGGUGUUUUAAGUGUAUAGGCUAAUCAUGUUCUUAGGGUCUACACAUUUUGAUCUGGAGUGUACUCCCUCAAUGUAAUACAAUUGUAUUGUUUAGCGCGAUCCAUCUCGAUGCACUCGGUUCGUUACUAAUCGAAAACUUUCGUCGUUGAUCAUUUCAUAUUUGCUUUCUCUUUGUAGCACUUGAUCCAUUAGAUUAUGUUUACAUGAUAUAGAUAGAACACAUUGAUUACUUGGUGUAGAAGGGAUUGAGAAAUUUUCAGACAUUUUACUUUUUAACUGAUGGGUGAGAAUGAAGUAAGCAUGAGGAAGAAUCGAUGCCAAAUGACAAACAAACUUAAGGAAUUUAC